AUGCGCGCCGACGCCGUGCUGAAGAAGGAGGAGGAGGCCAUCAUCACCCUCAUGAAGGAGCGCGCGCUCGGGCGGUGUCGCGAGGCGCAGCGCGCGUACUACGAGUGCGUGCGAGGACGGACCCUGAGCGUGGCCUGGGCGUGUCGAGAGGACGCGCGAGCGAUGAGCGCGUGCCUGAACGCGCACACGAACGCGGCGACGCUGGCGCGAAUGAAGACGCAGUGGGCCGAGGCGGGGAAGCCGUCGAUCGAGGAUCGGUCGCGACCGCCGAGGUGCUUCGACGAGGAUUAG